AUGUCGGAGGACCAGCGGCACCCACGGGCUGAAGCCUCCCGUCGGGGGGAGGGCAGUCUGGAGGCAGGGGAGGGCGACACUGAGCCCAGCAUGCUCCUACAGAAACUCAAGAACAACAUCUCUAAGAGUGUUCAGACCAAAGUGGAUCAGAUCCUGCAAGACGUUCAGCGUUUCUCUGACAAUGACAAGCUGUACCUGUACCUCCAGCUGCCCUCCGGACCCAGCUCUGGAGACAAGAGUGGUGGUGACUCCAGCUCCUUCAACACUGCCGACCAGCUUCACACCUGUAAUUGGAUCCGCAGUCACCUGGAAGAACACUCAGACACCUGCCUGCCCAAACAGGACGUCUAUGAGACAUACAAGAGAUACUGCGAGAACCUGCAGCAUCGUCCUCUGAGCGCCGCCAACUUCGGGAAGAUCAUCAGAGACAUUUUCCCCAACAUCAAAGCCCGGCGGCUUGGAGGCAGAGGACAGUCCAAGUACUGUUACAGCGGCAUCAGGAGAAAGACAGUCCUCAACAUGCCUCUGCUGCCCAACCUGGACCUGAAGAAUGACCCGGCGGAGCUGACCGAGCUGGUCCAGACCUACAAACAGGAAGUGACAGAAGCGGCAUGCGAGCUGAUCUGUGAUUGGGCACAGAAGAUCCUGAAGCGUUCCUUCGACACGGUGGUGGAGAUCGCUCGUUACCUGAUCCAGGAACACAUUGUCAACCCUCGCUGCAGCCAGGCCGAGCUGGUCACCUCCGCAGCACUCGCAGGAGGUCCGGCCAAACCCCACAAGGUCAUCAAGAAGACGCCGGUCAUCUCUAAAGCUGAGGGUGAUGGAGCUGCAGAUCAGAAGAAGGAACUCGGAGACUCAUCCACCUUGUCUUCACUGAAGCCAUCAUCUGGAGACAAAUCAUCAGCAGCCAAACCCUCCGCCCUGGACACUCCUCCCUCUUCCUCCUCUUCCUCACUGCGCCCUGCGGUGGAGGCCUUCAUGAAGCAGUUACCCAGAAUCCUCCCUCGGAGCUCCAUCCCUGAUAAGACUCAGCUCUCGGUCCGCUCCUCUCCGCCCUCGCUGGCACCCAAAGACGCCUCAGGUGUCAUUGCCAUGGCGACACUGCCCCAGCAGCAGGGCGGGCCAGUCCCAUUGAUGAUCCUGCCUCAGAGCUGCCUGUCCUACGAGAGGGAGAAAGUGGCGCCACCUCCACCACCACCUCCUCCUCCUCAGCAGCAUCACGCCCCAGCAGCCCCCACCUCUGUGGUCCAGAAGGUACGAGGGAAUGCCAACAAGCGCCCCCUGGAGGUGGUGACAUCAGGUGGUGCAUCAGGUGUGUCCAGUGGCUCAGCUGCCAACGCUCCUCCGGUGAAACGAAAACGUGGACGACCGAGAAAACCUAGGCCGGAGGACGCCUUGCCUGCUCCUCCACCUCCUCCUGCUGCUGCUCUUCCUCCUCCGCCCCCACCUCCUGCACCUCCUUCACACCCUCCCAUCAUCACCUCGCUGACUGGCGGUGUCAUCCAGAAAGCCUCUUCCUCCGCGUCCUCCUCCUCGCAGCCAGUACUGGAGCUGGUGAUUCAGGACCAGUCUGGGCUGGUUCUGAGUCAGCUGCCGGCGGUGUCAGAGCACCGCGGGGUGGUGGUGCAGUGUCAGCCGAGCGGGGCAGCAGAACCAGACCGCCACAGCCGGCAGCUGCUGCUGCUCCAGAGUCCAGGGAACCCCAGCUGGGAGCUGGCUGCGUCGGGUCGGACCCCAAAGGUGGAGCCUCCGUAA